ACCCUCUUCGCCCUGGACGCGGGAGCCGGAAGUGGCGCGGAAGACCAGGGCGCUGCUGGGUGAAAAAGGGUGUGCAGCGAAGAUGCUGCUGGACUUGUCGGAGGAGCAUAAGGAGCACCUGGCCUUCCUGCCGCAGGUGGACAGUGCGGGGAAGCUCAACGUGAGCAGCGACGCUGUCCAGCAUGGUGUGGAAGGGUUGACCUACCUGCUCACCGAGAGCUCCAAGCUCAUGAUUUCUGAAGUGGAUUUCCAAGACUCUGUUUUUGUUCUGGGAUUCUCUGAAGAACUGAACAAAUUGUUGCUUCAGCUUUACCUGGACAACAGAAAAGAGAUCAGGACUAUUCUGGGUGAACUGGCACCCAGCCUUCCCAGUUACCACAGCCUUGAGUGGCGACUAGAUGUACAGCUUGCAAGCAGAAGUCUCAGGCAACAGAUUAAACCAGCAGUGACUAUAAAACUACACCUAAAUCAGAAUGGAGAUCACAACACCAAAGUUCUGCAGACAGACCCAGCCACCCUACUUCAUUUAGUUCAGCAACUGGAACAAGCCUUGGAGGAGAUGAAAACAAACCACUGUAGGAGAGUAGUUCGCAACAUCAAGUAGUACCAAGUGUUAAGGUCCUAAUGCCUUUGACUCAUUUGUGAAUGGAUGACAUUCAGGAAUUACUUUUCAGAAUUAAUUUUUAUUAAUUGGUGUUGAUAAAUGCAUCUAGAUUUCAUGAAAUUUCUUUUCCUAUUCUAGGAUAUUGAGGUCAUGAUCAGAAGCUAAAGUCAAGUUCCUUUCCUGGUGCUAAAUGUGGUCAGCUUCUUGACAGAUUGAAAUGUAAUUUUGUAUUUUAAAUGUGUAAAUAGGAUUGAAUCAACUAGAAAUGAAUCUAUACUGUUCAUAUCUUCUGUAUAUAUGAGUAAUACCCUGUUUUGGUACCUUUUUUGUCUGCUUAACUGUUAUUUUCUUCCUUAUUGAUCAAUUUUGAGAAUAAAAUUUACAACUACUUCCUUUCCUAUUCAGAGUAUUUCUAAAUAGUACAAUAUUUCUGACUUUUAAAAACACCUCAUGAUGUUACUAGCCACAGAAUAAUGUAAAGUUGAGUAUGAGUUUUUUUAAUUAUAUGCCCAUAUUGUUAUAGGAAGUUCAUGCAUUUUUCUUUGUAUGUAAAGAUAAGUAGUUUUUACCAUAUUGCUGAAGUUUGGCUUAUGGUUAAUUGCCUUAAGUAGUACUCAAUUUUGUGUGAUUAUUAAUAAUAUUUUCACAAGGAUUAAUUAUUCCCAUAUACCCAAAGUAACUAAGAGAUACACUGUCAUAUACAUUUAUAAAUAACAAGAAUAAUAUAAUCAAUGCUGUCACUUUUUAUCAUUUCGUUUGAUAAACUGUACAUCGGGGGAUGGAAGACCCUCUUCAUUACAUUGUAAGCAAAUAUCCUUCCUACCAUACAAGUUUGAUUUGUGUUUGGUUGUUUUUAAAGAGGUGAACAAAAGGUACUGAUCUGAAAAACUCAGAUGCUGAUUUUUGACAUCAGCCUGAGACAGUACAGAGACACAGUGGGAUGCUGAGAAAGAAGAGUUUUAUAGAAGGGUAGAAAUGGGAUUUAGUCUUCCAUGUUUGUCCAAGGCCUCAUCCCCAUAGAGCACUGCAGGAAGGCCUUCUGAACCAUCAGUCUCUGAGCUACACUCAAGGGUGAAAAACUUUUUAAGAUCUGAGUGAUGUCCUGUUUCUCAGUAGAGAGUCUUACCAGGGAACAAAGAACAGUGUCAGAAAAGCACACUUGAAAUUGCCAUAGGGUCCCCUGCAGGCAUCUGGACCAGUCUUUUCCAUUAAGUAUGAGGUCUGCAUUUACAAAACAAAGAUUAUCUGCAUGUUAAUUAGGAAAGUAUAAUCAGAAAUCAUUUUUAAUUAUAAUGACAAUUCAAUUAAUGGAAGUCUCAUUACCACCUCACAAAUAUGAUUUAUCAUAUAAAUUAGUGGCAUGAUAUCGGGUUUAAAAACAACAUGUUGGGCUGGGGAUAUUGCUCAAAUGGUAGAGCACCUGCCCAGCAUGCGUGAUGCCCUGGCUCCCAUCCCCAGUGCUCCAAAAAAAAAAAAAAAAAAAAGGGCAACAUGUCUGCCAAGGUUCUAGUAGGUCCGUGAGACUUGUUGUCUGUCCACAGUUGAUGGAAGGUAAGCAAGGCUGGCCCUGACAAGACUGAGUGACCCUGUGUCUUCUCAGAGCAGCCUUUCCUUUACCUCUUUGUCCACUGUCCUCAUACUAGUCAGAACAGGAAAGGGUGUGCUGAUCUUUGUGAGUCAGACUCCUGACCACUUUUCUCGGUACUCCAUUGUUUCUGUCAUGUUCUGCCUCCUCCAUCUUCUGGGGCAAGGGUGAACUGGGGACUGUUUCUCUGCCUUUUAGAAUCUGAGGCUCCCUUUUAGUGCAGGCCAUCAAAUGAGCUGCUUCAAUUUCUUGUGAAAACCUUCCACAUCCUUCUGGACUCCCUUGCUUUCUUUGUUUUAUAGCAUGUUUGAUAAUUUUUGUGGCUUGUAUGUGAACAUGAUUUUCUGCAUAUGCAGCACUGUUCUCUCCAAUAUGACCCAAGUUUCUUGACUCUGAAUAAUGUGCCUUUACAUCUAUAACUAAACUUUUAUUAAAGCUUUCUGGAUUAUGA